CCCCCUUCCCCAUAUCAUCUCAAAUGAAAGCAGUUCCGUAUUCUGUGCCGCUACUACAACCAUCACUUUCAACAGCACAAAUUCGUUCAAGCCUGUUUGUAAAAAUCAAUGCGCAUCAUCAACAUGGACCCAUGAUGUGUAGAAGGUCUGUCUUAAGGGCAUGUUUAAUUUUCCAUGAUGUCAUGAAGGAAGAGAAGGCCAGGGGCCCUUCAGCAGAAUACUGCAGUUGAGCCACAGAGAGGCUGAAGCUGCAUUCCACUUCAUCCGUACACCAUCUGUUUUUCCUUCAUCCCUCCUUUGGUAACUUGACAAUGACAUCACAUAGGAAACACCUGGUGAGGGACUUCAACCAUUUCAUCACCUGUUAUAUCUGUAAAGGGUACUUGAUCAAACCCACCACCGUGACAGAGUGCCUGCACACCUUUUGUAAAAGCUGUAUAGUCCAGCAUUUUGAGGACAGCAAUGAUUGCCCAAAAUGUGGUAUCCAGGUUCAUGAAACAAAUCCUUUGGAGAUGUUAAGGCUGGACAACACUCUAGAAGAGGUCAUUUUCAAACUUGUGCCUGGUCUUCGAGAAAAGGAACAGCAGCAAGAGAUUGAAUUCUGGAGAAGAAACAAAUCGAAAGAAAGUCCUGAUGAGGAUGGGCCUAUAUCUAAGAAGGCCCGAGUGGAUGAAGAUGUUAAAGGUGAUGGAGACUACCACAGGAGUGAUCCUCAGAUAGCCAUCUGUCUAGACUGCUUGCGUAACAAUGGGCAGAUGGGAGAGAACAUUGUUAAGGGCUUAAUGAAAAAAUUUAUUCGCUGCUCAAGAAGAGUGACCGUUGGAACAAUCAAGAAGUUUUUAAGUCUGAAGUUAAAGCUUCCCAGUUCUUAUGAGCUAGAUGUUCUAUGCAAUGGUGAGAUCAUGGGUAAAGACCACACUAUGGAGUUUAUCUACAUGACCCGCUGGAGGCUUCGGGGAGAAAAUGCCUACCCAAUGGUACUUGAAUAUCGACCACGCAUUGAUUUUGGCUAGGUUGAAAUAUCCUGCACUAAUUUCAGCCUAUCAACAGACAGCGAAUUGAAUGGACAUGUCCAGUUCUGAAGAUACACUCUACCCGUCUCUUCUGUUUAAUUACUUUGGCUCUCUUUAUUGAGAUCAGAAGCUUGUGACACUUACCGUGUGCCACAGGGAUUUGUGUGGUGUGGUUUAUUUACCAAAGUAACACAAAAGUCAUGUUUAAGGGCCUUUUCCAAUUUGCAUAUGAUGGUAUCUCAUUUUUUUAAAAAAGUCAUGAUUUACAAAUCUCAAGUAUAUGCGGCAGUGCCUUUUUCCAUACAUCAUCUUAUAAAGAGCUUCUGUGGAAAGACAUUUUAUAAAGAUUUAUAAAGAGGUGUUUUCGAAAGAAAAAAUUCCUUUUGUGUUCCACAGAAGGACCAAAGUCAUACAGGUUUUGAAAAACAUGAGAGUGAGUAAAUGAUGACAGAAUGUUCAUAUUUAGUGGUUUAAUAUUUUAAGUCUCCUGAUGUUUAAAGCUUUGGGCUGGUUCAGAGCCUCCAACAUCCUCCAAGGCUUUUAAACUGGUCUGUUUUUGAUUUUGCCCACUUAAGGGAUUUUAUUUAUUAUAGGCCAUACCUCUGUGCUCACACAAAUGCCUUUUUCUUUUGAGGGUUUUGGUGACUUCUCUGCACAUGUGCCUCAUUUUGUUUUUUAAAUAAAGGUGAAAUUAACUUAGCUAAACACGUUGAGUAGAGAUUUUACGAUGUCAUCAUACUUCCCUGGCAUCCUAAUUGAGAAAAGAGUUGAGCUUUACUGUCAUUGUGCCAUUAUUUUGGUUUAGGCAAUGACUUUCUUACAAUUUGUAGUACUCU